AUGAGUAGAGGUGAAAGCUCUGGCGGUGGACACAGCUCUUUGGGGUACCUAUUUGGGUCAGAAGAGCAGCCAAGUCAGCCUCUACCCACAAAGACAGUUUCGUUACCACCCUAUGGCAUUGACAUCGACAACGGUAUGUCCCAACACGGUGUUGCUCCUCCUACUACCCAAGUUGUUGUCUCAAACAACCGAUCUCAAGGCCAGCACUUGGGAAACGUUGUAACUGAUCGUCCGUCAACAAAAGUCAAAUCGGUUCCUGGAGGACACUCAUCGCUUGGAUACUUGUUUGGAGAUAAGUGA